AUGAAUUUUAUUAAAUAUUUCGUUAUCUUUGCUUUGUUUGCAAUCCAACUUAGUGUUCAAAAGUCAAAGCCUGCAAAAGAAAUAUCAUCUAACGAAAUGGGUACUGACUUAUCUCAAGAUUCAGUUGAAGAACCAACUGAAAACACUAAGAAAUCUUCUAAAGUUAAAAAUGUUUUGAAAACUGCUCAAAAUGUCCUAGGUGAUGCUUUAAAAACAGGGGCAGCAGCUGCUGGACAUGGAUUACUUGGAAACAUUCUUGGAGGUUCUUCUAAAAGCAAAAAGAAUAAAAGUGAAAAUGGUAUAAUUGGUAGUUUAUUUGGUAUAAAAAAAGAUAGUUCUGAAUCUGAUGAAAGCAGUGAAGAAAUAUCUAGAAGCAAAAAAAAAAGUAAAAGUAGAAGUAGAAGUAAAACUAAAAGUAGCUCUGACUCGGAUGAAAAUGAAACAUCAUCAAAGAAAAAAUCAUCUGAUAGCUUUUCCAAAAACUUAAAAUAUAAACUUGCUGGAGGUGUAAAAGAUGGCAUUAAAAAGAAAUUAACUAAAUCAUUGCUUGGCAAAUUAUUCUAA